UUCAGAUCGUCUUGUCAGCACGUCCCCACAACGCGUGCCUAUGGAAGCAAGUGGGAUCAGCAUCGUGGCUUGCUUGACCACCAGACUCGCAGGAUAAAAUAACUCAGAAACGAUACAGCGCUGGGAUCCAGUGAUUCACCUGGCGGGAUAACUACUCAUUCGGUUGCGGCGUAAUCGGGCGGAUCAUUUCAAUUUUCAUGCCUCACAUUUAUUUUUCGUGUUUUAUGAGAAGCUGAUGUUGAACGGAUUCUGGAAUUCAGUGACAGAAAGUUACAGAUGAAGAAUUGUUAAUGUGAUUAGUGGUGAUACGUGAGGUGGACUUUUGUGUGCUCUUGUCAUUUUCACUGACUACAGUGAAACUGUUGGAUUUGAGUUAUGGUACCAUUACGUGAGGAUCUGUUCAUCAAUUCAAGACUUAGAGGACCUUCAUCGACAGCAUGGCUCUAUUUAUUCGCUGGGUUCGCUGAGUUUUUGCUGGGAGCAGUCUUCUCAGCAGCAUUAGCACUCUUAGGAAUUAUCAAGACAAUCCUGCCGAAACCUCCGCGGAAUUUAACUGGAGAUGUUGUUUUGAUAACAGGUGUAACAUCGUCUCUGGGUAAAUGUCUCGCCGAGGCAUUCGCUCGGGUUGGUUGUACCAUUGUAUGCGUAGACAGUGACCUCGAGUCUGUGAGAAAAACAGCCGACGAACUUGUAUCCCGGUACCCAGUGAUCGAGGGCGUUGGGCCAACUCACAGGAAACAGGAUGCCACUGAUGUUCUGGGUAAAAGGGUAUGGGCACACGAGUGCGACCUGGGAAAUAGAAAUGCGAUAAGAGAAGUUGCUAAGCGAGUCAGGAGUGAGAUUGGUAGAGUCGAUGCACUCAUAACGUGCGUCGGGAAUCCUGGACUGGACAUCUUUGAUACUGUCAGCACGACCUUGAUGAGUCACUACUGGACUGUUGUGGCAUUUCUGCCUUUUAUGCUGCAUCAAGAAAGAGCUCAUGUUGUUGGAAUUACACCGACUACUUCUACUGAGGAUGCUUACAGAGGUACUCGUGCUGCUAUUGCAGGACUGAUGGAGAGUCUAGGUCAGCAGUUUAGCGGUCGCAGCGGGCAGAUAAAUUUUAUCACGGUUGCGCCGAAGGCAGACCCGAGGUUAUUGACGCAUAGUGAAGAACAAGUUGCCAAUGACGUGGUGCAGGCAGUGCGAAGAGACCAGUGUUGUUUAUUAGUUAGUUGGUGGUCCACAGUAUUGUAUCGAAUUAGCUGCGCAAUUCAUGGGGCCAUAACGCACAUCACGCGAUGGCUGUACACGCAAGGAUGUGACGAUCUCUUCUAAAAAGUACUUUUCUAUUGUUAUUUCAUUGAAUUGUAAAUCUCUCACUCAUUGUCAUAUUAAAAAGAAUUAUUUCAUCGAAA